AUGUCUCUUUUCAGAACCUUGCAGAACUCGCCUGCCACCAUCAGCAUUUUCCACAACAACAAGGUGCCGCUCUCCACCAAGCUCUACCAGAUCUUGGAGCGUGCCGAGGCCCAGCUGGACGAGAAGUUCCGCAUCGACUUGAUGGCAAACAAAAUCCCUACCUUCGACCAGUACCAGGCCAUUGCCAACUCGUUGCACUCGCGAGCCGGACGCACUGCCUUGAACGACUGCUACCCGUUCUUGCACGACCAGCGUAACCUCCACAGCGCCAACCAGACCGUCACCUUCAAGGGAGUGGAGCCCACAAAGAUCUUCAACGAGCACGAGUACUCCAUCAUCUCCGAGAUCUUCCAGAACGCCGUGGAAGGCAAGGAAGACGGCACUGAGGACGCGGAUCCCGUGCACAUCUUCGAGCCACCAUUGGUGGUGGACUGGGACCAGAACUUGAUUGCUCGUGACGAGUCCCUGCUCCAAACCCUUCUCGCAAAGUAUCAAUAA